CAUCUCGCCUGGGCCCUGGAGGGGGCGAGCGACCUGGAGCUCCGGCUCAAGACGUCCCGCGAGGUGCACGGGCUGCUCGAGGGGCACCUCGCCGACGCGCUGGACUGCUCGUGGGAGCCCGGGCGCCGCGAGGCGGAGGGCGCGACGGGCAGCGCGCGAAGCGUCCAGGCGGACCACCUGUUCUUCCAGGUCUUCCGGCGGGCCGCCC